UCUUUAUGGGAACACAGAAGAGGGAAAGCCUAAAUGCUUGGUUCUGAUUAUAGAGUGAUGACUCUGUUUAGGCACUGUAAUGAGAUUUCAAAGGAGUUUUUUGAAGAAUAUGUGAAACAGGUUUCUUUGCCAGUUUUUGGUGUUCCUAUGCCCAAUGUCUCUAGAAAAAUAAAAUAGUUAAUUUGGUGGUUCCAUAAGGCACCCAAAAUUUUCCAUUUGGUUGCAUAGGAGUUGUGUCAGAAUUGAAAGAACUAGUACAGGUGCUAAACCUAUCAGUGAAGUGAACAAAGUUACUGCCAUAAACCUUUUUGUUUCCCACUUUUUAAAAAUUUUUCCCAUGGAGUAAUGAAGAAUAAACAAUGUGAAUGGAUCUCAAUAUCAACAUUUUUCAAAAAUCAAUAGAAAAUAAAAAUUGAAAAAAGUCAAUAAAUGAAAACUUAUAAUACACCAAAAAAAAAAAAGUUAAAAUUUUUAGUGUUUUGGAAGCCACGCGGUGGCGCUGCAGGCUAAAGAGACGGGAAAUUUUGAACUGAGGUUUCUACCGAGGUCUCUAACAAAAAAGGAAGAUCCCGGACAGAUGAGCUGGGAAGAAAAGCUGUAGCUUCCCAAGACUGGGAAAGGAAAAAAGAAAUCUUAGCUCCCUGUAGCUCUGAGGCUUGCAACUGCUGUUUAUGCUGAGAGCUCUACUUAUUACUGGUAUUGAUGAAAGGAGAGGUUAUGGAGACCAGAAGGUUGUGCUUCCCAAGACAAAGGCAAGUCCUAUUUCUCUUUCUGUUUUGGGGAGUGUCCUUAGGUAAUGGGUUUCAACAUUAUUCUGUGACAGAGGAAACAGAAAGAGGAUCCUUUGUGGUCAAUCUGGCAAAGGAACUGGGACUAGGGGUGGAGGAGCUGGCUACCAGGAGAACGAGGGUGGUUUCUGAUGAUAACAAACAACACUUGCUUCUGGAUUCUCAAACUGGAGAUGUACUCACAAAUGAGAAACUGGACCGGGAGAAGUUGUGUGGCCCCACAGAGCCCUGUAUGCUGUAUUUCCAAAUUUUAAUGGAUAACCCCUUUCAGAUUUACCGGGCUGAGCUGAAAGUCAGAGAUAUAAAUGAUCACUCACCAGUGUUUCUGGACAAAGAAAUGGUAUUAAAAAUACAAGAAAAUACAGCAGAAGGGGCAACAUUUCGACUAGAAAGAGCACAGGAUUUAGAUGGAGGACUUAAUGGUAUCCAAAACUACACAAUUGAACCCAACUCUUUUUUUCAUAUUACAAUUAGUGACAGUGAUGAAGGCACAAUAUAUCCAGAGCUAGUGUUGGACAAAGCUCUUGACUGGGAAAAGCAGCAUGAGCUCAGUUUAACACUCACAGCACUAGAUGGUGGAUCACCACCCAGGUCUGGGACCACCACUGUACGCAUCCUUGUCCUGGAUGUCAAUGACAAUGCCCCGAAAUUUUCCAAGUCGAUCUAUGAGACUCAGGUUCCAGAAAAUAGCCCCAUAGGGUCUCUUAUUGUUAAAGUCUCUGCAGAAGAUGUAGACUCAGGGGUCAAUGCAGAAGUAUCCUAUUCAUUUUUUGAUGCUGCUGAAGAUAUUAAAACAAUCUUUCAAAUCAAUCCUUUAUCAGGGGAAAUCAUUCUCAGAGCAUUGCUUGACUAUGAACUAGUAAAGUCUCACAAAAUAAACAUACAGGCAAUUGAUGGUGGGGGCCUUUCUGCAAGAUGUGUGGUUUGGGUCCAGGUAUUAGACACCAAUGACAAUCCCCCUGAACUGAUCGUAUCAUCACUUUCCAACUACAUUGAUGAGAACUCUCCUGAAACAGUAUUGGCAGUUUUUAGGGUUAAAGACAGAGACUCUGGAGAAAACGGAAAGACCCUUUGUUACAUACAGGAUAAUCUGCCUUUCCUUCUGCGACCCUCUGUGGACAAUUUUUACAUCCUAAUGACAGAAGAAGCACUAGACAGAGAGAGUAGAGCUCAGUACAACAUCACCAUCACAGUCACAGACCUGGGGACACCAAGGCUGAAAACCGAGCACAGCAUAACCGUCCUGGUCUCCGACGUCAACGACAACGCCCCUGCCUUCUCGCAGACGUCCUACACGCUGUCGGUGCGCGAGAACAACAGCCCCGCCCUGCACAUAGGCAGCGUCAGCGCCACAGACAGAGACUCAGGCAGCAACGCCCAGCUGACCUACUCGCUGCUGCCGCCCCAGGACCCGCACCUGCCCCUCGCCUCGCUGGUCUCCAUCAACGCGGACAACGGGCAGCUGUUCGCGCUGAGGGCGCUGGACUUCGAGGCCCUGCAGGCGUUCGAGUUCCGCGUGGGCGCCACAGACCACGGCUCGCCCGCGCUGAGCAGCCAGGCGCUGGUGCGCGUCGUGGUGCUGGACGACAACGACAACUCGCCCUUCGUGCUCUACCCGCUGCAGAACGCCUCUGCGCCCUGCACCGAGCUGGUGCCCAGGGCGGCAGAACCGGGCUACCUGGUCACCAAGGUGGUGGCGGUGGACGGAGACUCGGGCCAGAACGCCUGGCUGUCGUUCCAGCUGCUCAAGGCCACGGAGCCCGGGCUGUUUGGCGUGUGGGCGCACAAUGGCGAGGUGCGCACCGCCAGGCUGCUGAGCGAGCGCGACGCGGCCAGGCACAGGCUAGUGGUGCUGGUCAAGGACAAUGGCGAGCCGCCGCUGUCUGCCAGCGUCACGCUGCACGUGCUGCUGGUGGAUGGCUUCUCGCAGCCCUACCUGCCGCUGCCGGAAGUGGCGCCUGAGCGCGCGCAGGCCGACUCGCUGACAGUCUACUUGGUCAUCGCCUUGGCCUCGGUGUCGUCGCUCUUCCUCUUUUCGGUGCUGGUGUUUGUGGCGGUGAGGCUGUGCAGGCGUCGCAGGGCGGCGCCGCUGGGUGUGUGCUCUGUGCCUGAGGGCCACUUUCCUGGCCACCUGGUGGAUGUCAGUGGCACUGGCACUCUGUCCCAGAGCUACCAGUAUGAGGUGUGUCUGACGGGAGGUUCUUCUGGGACAAGCGAAUUCAAGUUCUUGAAACCAAUUUACCCGAAUAUCCACCUCCAUGGUCCUGGGAGGGAUAGUGAAGAAAAUCCUAUCUUUUGAAACAGCUAUAAACUUAGUUUUCAGCAUCACUUCUGUUUAUAUUGUGAUGUCCUUUUGAAAUAUUAUAAACCCUAUUAAGUUUAGCUUUCUGCUAGUUGUAAUGCAAUAUAACCAACUGAUUUUCAACUUUCAGGUACUAUACGUCUAGCUUUUUACAAUGUUUUUCGAUCUCUUUUUGCAUUAACAUCUAGUGUAAUUUGAAUUCAUAUCCACUUGUGAAUAAUACCUUUAAGAUUUUAAUCCUUCACAAUUGCACACAUAUUUAUAUUGCCAUUUCUCUCUCUAGAGCAUUGAGCUUUUGGUUUUUCUUCUGUUUGGUGCUGGCUAUUGAACCUAGUGCUUUGGAAUCCUAAGCACUGCAUUUCUGAGUUACACCCAAUUCCCUCACCUGGUAUAUUUUAGGGCCUGCACCCCUCAUAAUACUAACUACCCAUCUGCUGUUUUUCCUUCACGUGAGAAGUCAUAUCUGCACUUCCAACCUAAUUCUAAUGUUGUAUUUAUUCAUCUUAAAAAUCAUGCCUACUUCUAAAUCACAGCAUUUGGAAAAAAAUAAUUAUUUUCUGUGUUCAUGGCAAAAUGAAACAUCUUUUUGGGAUUGAUAUGGGACUGCCAUAAUUGUCUAUUAUUUUAUUUCCUUUACAUAUACUAUUCUAACUCAGUCAAUAUUUUCUUAUGUUCACUUUUGCUGAUACAUAAAACAUCAUGUCUAAUAAUUCAAAUAAAAUGUAAUAACCUGAAUGAAAAUAAAUA